UUCAUUCGAGAGGUCCUAAUGCGAUGGUAUCAUAUACGAUUGUGUACAUGAUAGAGUUCAUUCGAGAGGUCCUAAUGCGAUGGUUCGCAGCGAGGAGGCAAAAAGUGGCUAGGUGUAAGUCUUUAGUGACGCUUGAGGUUGAUGAGCGUUUUCUCCAAGAUUUGCCUGCGUCAGGGAAAUUCGCGGUUAAGAUGUCUGGACCGUGGAGUUAUCAAGUUACAAGCAAGUCAGGUGAGCAUUUUCAUGACUUGUACGUGUACGUGUCUUAGGUACACAAAGUUGAGAAUCCCAUGUGAACACGGUCUAGCAGCUGCAAUCGAGUUUGGAAUAGAUCCGAAGGUUGUUGUCGGAUGGUGGUAUGGCCUUCAAACGUUUUCUGAUUCUUUUCAAGAACCGAUUCUACCUAUCGCGGAUCCGAAGGAUGUUGUCAUCCCACAACAUAUAUCGGAUUUGAUACUAAUUCCUCCAAACAGUAGACGACCACCAGGAAGACCAACAACCAAAAGGAUUCCAUCUAGAGGUGAAAACCGGAAAAAGAGACAGAAAAGACUUAUUCCGAAUCAGUGCACACGAUGUAGACAAGCAGGUCAUAACAAGAAGACUUGCAAAAAUCCUAUUUAGAUCUCCUCAUAAGCUUUAUGUCGCCGCGAAGACAGUGUACGUUUAUGUGUGGACCGUGUGUACCAAAGUGUUGUGACGGUGUACGUACAUUUAAUGUUUGCCAUCGUAUAACUAUGUACAUUUUUGUUAGUGUACGUUUUUGUUAGUGUACGUUUUUGUUAUGUCUGUGUACGUAUAAUCUUCAUGAAAAAAACGGUACAAACGGUUACACACAUUUGUAUCUCAACCGUUGGAACACUUUCGCACUACCCACUGCGUCCAUUAUGGAAUUUCCUUAUUUAAGCCACAUCUCCUCCUCAAUUUUAUCCACGUUCCUUCAAACGAAAACCCUUUCAUAUUCGGCAGUUACAUCAAUCAAACACAAAGUCUUUCGAUUGUUCUUGCUAACCGUGUGAUGGACGGGUAUCACACCAUCUCCGAAUUGUGUCCUCAUAUCACUGGGUGGACAAUUUGUGUAUUUGUCGUGAGAGUGUUUAAGAAGUUUGUUGCGCCCAACGUCUUCGAACUCGGCCUUAUCUUGGCAGAUAAUUCGGUAGUUUCCCUAUGCCGUGUUUGUGUUUUUUUUUAUCAUACGUCAGGUUCAAUUGUAUAUAAAUCUGUUAUAUAUCAUAUUCUGUAGGGAUCCCGUUCCCGUAUCGAGGCCACCAUUGAUCGUCGCCUUGCUCCUUUUUACCUAGACCGAAUCAAAGAAAAUGAGUGGAAAAUUGUAACCACUUUCUUGGUCCUUAACGU